AUGCGUUCAACAGAAAGUCUCCUAUUCCUGUCGGUGCGGUACAAUCUAUUGCUCGCCUCUGCUUUGAAUGCAAAACGUCAUUCGCGUUCAACUAUUGGCGAUAAAAUUCGCAAUAGCAAUGGUGAAGCGAAGGAGGUUGCAAAACAAGAGGCGAAGUCCCUCAAGGAGGAAAUCUCGUCUUUGGAACAACAGCUCUCCGAGAUCGACGAUAAAUUAUACUCGUUGGCUCUCACUAUUCCCAAUGAUACGCAUCCGGAUGUUCCAAUAGGGCCUGAAGAAGCUGCAAAUAUUGUUGCUACGCACGGCCCUAAGCCUAUUGAUUCAAAUCUUAAACGAGACCACGUCUCCGUAGGCAAGGCUCUCGAUCUUUUUGACCUGGAGCAAGCAGCAACCGUCACGGGCUCUUCCUGGUAUUACCUACUGAACGAAGGCGCAUUACUUGAAAUGGCUCUAACUCAGUAUGCUCUUUCAAAAGCCGUUGCGCGGGGUUUCAAACCUGUGACAACACCGGAUGUCGUGAAGGCUGACGUAGCCAUGAGGUGCGGUUUUCAGCCAAGGGACCAGGGUGACCCUCCCGUUCACCAGAUGUACCAUCUGCAGAACACAAACCCAGCUCAACCAGAACUAGUGUUAAGUGGGACGGCAGAGAUUCCCCUCGGUGGCCUCUUUGCAAACUCAGUCUACCAGGAGGAAGAGCUUCCGUUAAAAGUCGUAGGCCUGGGCCGAGCGUUCCGAUCAGAGGCUGGAGCACGAGGUGCUGACACGCGAGGAUUGUUUCGCGUUCAUCAGUUCUCAAAGCUCGAGCUAUUCGCAGUUUGUGCUCAAGAAAGCAGUGAAGAUGUGAUGAAGGAGAUGGUCGACCUACAAGUUGAUAUCUUUAGCGGUCUUGGAUUACCUUUGCGCAUACUUGAUAUGCCAACGGAAGAACUCGGUGCAAGUGCUUAUAGGAAAUUUGACAUCGAAGCGUGGAUGCCUGGGAGGGGCAACUGGGGCGAGAUAUCUUCCACCUCGAAUUGUACAGACUACCAAGCUCGACGAUUACACAUUCGGUAUAAACGCAGCUCAUCGUCACCAGCAGACCCACCCCAAGGAACUGCUCCUAUACCUUUUUCCCAUACUUUAAACGGGACGGCAGCUGCUAUCCCUCGGCUUAUUGUCGCGAUCUUGGAGAAUGGCGCACGGUUCGACGAGGACGGAAAAGUAGUCGGUCUUGAUCUUCCUUCCGCUUUGAAACCUUUCUGGAUAGGGUCUACAGAUGGGAUACGAAUGGAAUGGUACUAAUCUGGUAGCGUAGAUAACAUGAAAAGUAAUGUUCAAUAAUUUUAUGAGUAUAAAAUCACCAC